CGGGCGGAGCCGUGUUGCUGCGGCCGGGCUCGGCCUCCUGGGGCCGUUAUCCUCGGCUUGGAGGGCAGCGGCUGCUUUGCGGGAGCGUUUUUAAAGGUGACUGUGCGAAAUCUCUGCGGAAGACGGAUUGCUGUUAACGGCACUGGGAGAAGAGGUGCUUUUAGGACGAAUUAUUCGAGAGUGGUAUGGAUGCAGCUCAUGUUCCAGCGGGUCCUUCGUGCUUUGCGGCCGUAUCUGUGGCCGGCCGGCCCUUUUUGAGGGCACCACAGAGAAUGCACGUGUGGAGAAGGCGUGCUGACUUGCGGUUUGGCUCUGCUUUCCUUACGAGGCGGUCGCAUCAGCCCUGCUGCCCCACAGCGCUGCUUUGCACGCAUCUGUCAGGGCUGAGCGCAAUGGAGGUGAAUGUGGAAUGUCAGGAGACUGUUAUGUCCUGUUUGCAUAAAGCAGAUAUUUAUGUUUGAUCUGGUGAAAAGCGAGCUUUUUAAACUCUAAAGGCUGAUUUUGUUCUACUUGUAAAAGAGAAGAAAUCAUACUGUAAAGUGAUAUCUGUAAAGCAGGCUGGGGGGUGGCUUAUAUGGUUGCUUUGCAGGGUUUCCAACAACUUCAGCACAAAAGCAUUGAAGGUCAUUUCACAAUCAUUGCUCCAUGACCAGCUCAUUGGUGGUCCAACGUAAUGCAAGAGUUUGCUGUGUGUCUGUACAAGCUCAGCAGCUGUUUCUGUAAGAGUUUUAGUUUUAUAUCAGUAGAGCACUGAAUCUUGACAUACAGGUAGAAAUUCCAGAGCUAAUUUCUGAUCCAUUCACCUCCCCUAUUGUCUGCUGAUCCACAUGAUAAAAAGGGCUCUAGGGUAGUCAAAGGUUAUUUUUCCAAGGUGAUCCCAUAUAGUGUUGCUUUGGACUCAGAUAGAGUUGUACCUCUAACCCUUUAUUUUCAUCUUCCUGCUGUAAAAGAAUUCUUGGUAAGACAUGUCGUGGAUCAGAGAAGGCGAGUUGACCAUCAUUGAGAGGUUUUGUGCCAACAUAAUUAAGGUAAGGACUGAACUUUGGUUGCCUAUGGUAAACAGUAGCUAACAGAGUGCCACUUGGAACCCUGGCAAAUAUCUCUGACUGAUCUGCUGGAGAGAGAUAGUGUUGCUAGCAAGGGUAGGUUUUAAUGCUGGCACUGCAUUUACAUCCCUAAGUAGUACUCAGGGAUGGAAAAUUACUUAAGCAUGGUCUUGCAAAUGAGCAAUGCAGUAGGCUGUGCUUGCCAAUAAUGAGCUUACACAUCCAGGCUUCCAGGUUCUAAGCCAUUGCUGAUGAAGGCAGGACGUGGGAGGAGGGAGAGUGUGAGGUAGUUGGAUUAUAGAUCUAAAAAAUGAAACUGAGUUUCUGCUGACUGGAAUAAAAACCCAGUACUUCCUGGGAAAUUCUGUCCUGGCUCAGCAGAGUCCUGGAAGUGGCACUGCUGUCCUUUUCUCAGAAGGAUCUGUGCAGGCCUAAUGAGGUCAGUGGAAAAGAGUUGCUUACCUUAAAGGGAGGAAGGUCUCAUGACUUCACUUUUCUUCACAGGCGUGAGUUGUCUGUGAAAAUGUCCCUGAACUCUGAAAUAAAAAUACUUGCAACAUGCAACUCUGUGCAACUUCUCCUGUGGCUGCAGAAGGAAGGCAGGUCCAAUGCCCAAGCAUGUUGCCUUCAUCAUGGAUGGCAAUCGCCGCUAUGCCCAGAAGUGUCAUGUGGAGAGGCAGCAAGGACAUUCGCAGGGCUUUGAUAAGCUGGCACAGACACUGCGGUGGUGUUUAAAUCUGGGGAUUCGGGAGGUCACUGUUUAUGCCUUUAGUAUUGAGAACUUUAAACGAUCCAAGGAGGAGGUGGAUGGACUAAUGGAUCUGGCAAGGCAGAAAUUUAGCCGCCUACUGGAAGAACAGGAGAACCUGAAGAAGCAUGGUGUGUGUAUCCGUGUGCUCGGGGACCUGCCACUUCUACCCUUGGAUAUUCAGGAGCUGAUUGCCCAGGCUGUGAUGGCAACCAGGAACUACAACAAGUGCUUUCUAAAUGUCUGCUUUGCAUACACAUCAAGACAUGAAAUCAGCAAUGCUGUCAGGGAGAUGGCCUGGGGGGUAGAGCAAGGACUGCUUGAACCCAGUGAUGUGUCUGAAUCGUUGCUUGAUAAGUGUCUGUAUACCAGCAACUCCCCUGACCCAGACCUCCUGAUUCGAACCUCUGGAGAGGUCCGCUUGAGUGAUUUCCUGCUCUGGCAGACAUCCCAUUCAUGCCUGGUGUUUCAGUCAGUGUUGUGGCCAGAAUAUUCCUUUUGGAACUUGUGUGAGGCUAUCCUUCGGUUCCAGAUGAACUAUAAUGCAUUACAGAAGGCCAGAGACUCCUACAUGGAGGAAAGGAAGCAACAAGAGAUGGAAAGGGAUCAGGCUUAUGUGACAAAGAAGCUGCAGCAGGAGGGUUUUGCAUCCCCUGGAGACUCUCGGCGCCGACGGACACUGUUGCAAAAAUGCUCUGCCAUGCGGGAGGAGAGAAUCCAGGGCUUUCUACAGGCACUAGAGCACAAGAGAGCGGACUUCUUUGAAAGAUUAUGUACAGUGUCUGCGUGACACACAUGCUGGGUGGCUCUUGGGAAGGCAGUAUUUAAUUGUGUUGGAAUAGCUGCUGCCCAGAGGAAUUCACUUGGGGCGGUUCUGCUGUGGGGAUGCAGGGCUGCCAUAGGAUGUUGAGUCCCCACUGGCCCUGUCUAAGGGCAGGGACAGAGUACUGUGAACCUUUCUAGUUCUGUGAAUGCUGCUGAGGGAGGUAAUGCCGUCCUUCUAUCUUGCCUCCCUGUCCCUGAUGAUGGAGGGAGAAUACAUGCACCUCACUGUAUCUCCACUGCUUGAUGUACUGAUGACAAGGAAUUAACUAAAACAAGCCUCCCAUUCUGUUGGGCUCCUCAUGGAUUAGCCCAGGCAAAUCGUUUCAGUCAUAUAAAGUCAGCCUGGACUUGAAUUUCUUGUGAUUUUGUAGUAGUAAAUCUAGUGAGAUUUC